UCUUGAGCUUUAGAGGCCCAGAUACCCGCGGGAAAUUCACCGAUCACCUCUUCCAUGGUCUAGCCAACGCAGGAGCCAUACCUAUUUCCGUGUUCAAGGAUGAUAAGAGCAUCCCAAUUGGUGAGGAAUUUGCUUCGCAGAUUUUUGGUGCCAUCUCACGGUCUAAGAUUUCGAUCCCCAUCAUCUCCAAAAAUUAUGCUACGAGCAAAUGGUGCCUCUGGGAGCUCGUUCGUAUGAUGGACCGCAGGAAGAGCAUGUCACACAUAGUGUUGCCCAUUUUUUACGAAGUGAAACCAUCGGAUGUGCGAUAUCUAAAAGGAGAGUUUGGGGACGCCUACCAUUUGAGUAAGAAGGAUUAUGGAGAGAAAGAUAUCCGUGAAUUCGAGCAAGCGCUUAGAGAUGUGAGUUACUUACAAGUAUGGGAUUCUGAGAAAAUUGCUAGCGGGCAUGAAGGAGAAUUAGUUAAAGAAGUUAUCAAAACUGUUCCGAGCAAGUUGGGAAAUGAUUUUCAGCUUGAUGUCACUAAGCGCUUAGUUGGAAUUGAUGACCAUGUGAACAAAAUUAAGAAUUGGGUAGACACGCCUGCCCGUGAUGCUAGAAUAAUUGGAAUCUAUGGCAUGGGCGGAAUCGGUAAAACGACUCUUGCCAAGGUAGUCUACAACAAGCUAUCGAAUGACUUUAAGCAUCGUUGCUUCGUUUCAAAUAUUCGAGAAAGAGCUCACCGCGAUGGUAUUCCUUAUCUACAAAACCAAGUAAUUAAGGAAAUAUUGCCAAAUGAACGUGAAAUUCGUACAGUUGAUCGUGGAAUCAGUUUGAUCAGAUCUAGAUUACAAUUGAAUAAGGUUCUCAUUAUUCUGGAUGAUGUAGACCACAAAAUUCAACUAGAUGCUUUGGCUGGAGAGCGUAAUUGGUUUAUGACAGGAAGUAUUAUCAUUGUUACAACUAGAAACAAAGCUAUUCUUGAUCAACCUGAAUUCGAGGUAGACUACGCAUAUGAAUUGAAUGAAAUGGAUGAGACGCAUUCUUUGCUUUUGUUUAAGAGACAUGCAUUUCGUAUGGACCAUUCUCCAACAGACUUUGAUGAUAUCUCUCGUGAAAUCAUAUCUACCAUGGGUGGUCUACCCUUGGCUCUUGAGGUUGUUGGUUCAUACUUGUUUAGAAAAACAAAUCGAAAUGUAUGGAAAGAUGUGUUGAAGCAAUUAAAGCAACAACCACAUAGAGAUGUCUAA